GAGAAGGCGGAGCCUCGGAAAUCCGCGGCGCGCCCAGGGCCCAGAUAUAAGCGUAUUUCACAGCCUCCGGCUCCGCCUGGGGCGAUGCGCGCGCGUGGCUGGACCAGGCUCCCCCGGAAGAUAUUUUAGCCCGUCUCCCACUCUAACGGCGCUGGAAACCGCCAGUUCCCGUUCCUCUCCCUUGUGUCAUCUUAUUUUUAAUUAUAAAUCAUGGGAGAUGAAGAUAAAGCAAUUGAACAUGAAGAUCUGACACCAUCCACAGGAAUGGCCCACACAGCCUCUACAUAUCAAGAAACACAGGAGGAAGCAGUUAUGAACUCUAAAGGAAUAGAUGCAAAAGAACCAACAGAAGGAAGUAACCUCCUGAAUAGCAGUGAAAAAAAGCUACAAGAAAUACCAACUGAAUCAAAUAAUUUGCGAAGACUAGGACAAACAUUUGCUUGCCCUCCACAUGGCUUGCUGGCUAGAGGGAUAACAAAUGUUACCAUGGUUGUUCUUCUCUGGGCUGUAGUUUGGUCAAUUACUACCAGCGAAUGUCUUCCUGGAGGAAACCUAUUUGGAAUUAUAAUCCUAUUCUAUUGUGCCAUCAUUGGAGGUAAACUUUUCGGGCUCAUUAAGUUACCUACAUUACCUCCACUGCCUCCUCUUCUAGGCAUGCUUCUUGCUGGGUUUCUUGUCAGAAAUAUCCCUGUCAUCAGUGAUAAUGUACAAAUCAAGCAUAAGUGGUCUUCCUCUUUGAGAAGCAUAGCCCUGUCUAUCAUAUUGGUUCGUGCUGGCCUUGGGCUUGAUUCAAAGGCCCUGAAGAAGUUGAAGGGUGUUUGUAUAAGACUGUCCAUGGGUCCUUGUCUUGUGGAGGCAUGCACAUCUGCACUUCUGGCCCACUUUCUAAUGGGCUUACCAUGGCAAUGGGGAUUUGUCCUGGGUUUUGUUUUAGGUGCUGUAUCUCCAGCUGUCGUAGUGCCUUCAAUGCUCCUUUUGCAGGAAGGAGGCUAUGGAGUCGAAAAAGGCGUCCCAACCUUGCUUAUGGCUGCUGGCAGCUUUGAUGAUAUUCUGGCUAUCACUGGCUUCAACACAUGCUUGGGCAUGGCCUUUUCCACAGGCUCCACAAUUUUUAAUGUUCUCAGAGGAAUUUUAGAGGUGGUAAUUGGUAUGGCAACUGGAUCUCUUCUUGGAUUUUUUAUUCAGUACUUUCCAAGCAGUGAUCAGGACAAACUUGUGUGGAAGAGAGCAUUCAUUGUUUUGGGGCUGUCCAUACUAGCUGUGUUCAGCAGCGUGUAUUUUGGUUUCCCUGGGUCAGGAGGAUUGUGCACACUGGUCAUGUCCUUCCUUGCAGGUUUGAGAUGGGCCGGCGAAAAGGCAGAUGUUGAAAAAAUUAUUGCAGUUGCCUGGUACAUCUUUCAGCCCCUUCUGUUUGGACUGAUUGGAGCAGAAGUAUCUAUAGCAUCUCUCAGACCAGAAACUGUAGGCCUUUGUAUUGCCAUCCUCGGCACUGCAGUAUUGAUACGAGUUUUGACUACAUUUCUGAUGGUGUGUUUUGCUGGUUUUAACAUAAAGGAAAAGAUAUUUAUUUCUUUUGCAUGGCUUCCGAAGGCCACAGUCCAGGCUGCCAUAGGAUCUGUGGCUUUGGACACAGCAAGAUCACAUGGAGAGAAACAAUUGGAAGAAUAUGGAAUGGAUGUGUUGACAGUGGCAUUUUUGUCCAUCCUCAUCACAGCCCCAAUUGGCAGUCUGCUCAUUGGUUUGCUGGGCCCCAGGCUUCUCCAGAAAGCUGAACAUCAAAAGAAAAAUGAAGAAGUUCAGGAAGAGACUUCUGUACAAGUUUAGAGGUGAAGAGAGAGAAUGCUGAAUAUAAUGAUUAGAAAGCUGCUACCAGAAGCUAAUUUUAUCAACUGCCAGAGGCUACUUUAUCUAGAUGGAUAUUGAGAUAUGUAAUGUUUAAACCUUAAAUGUAAUAGAAACAAAAGUGUGGCUAUUUCUUUAAAGACCAUUUUCAGCCAUUAUCCUUUCCAUUUGUAUGGUAAUAUUCUACAACUCCAACCUGAUUUCUCGACCUUUUUUUUUUUUUUUAAAUAAGUCUUCAUCAUAUAUCUUAAUUUGUUUAGGGACAUAUACACUAAAAUGUACUACCACAAUUUAAGAUUAACGUGGAAAACAUCAAGUGCAGUAAGUAUCCUAUUCUAUUAGCCAACAGCUUGUUCUAACUUACUGUAACUGUCACAAUUUCAUGAUUCAUAGUCACCUGACCUUUCAUGCCUUGACAUAUUUUUGGCUCCUCUUCUCUUUUUUAUUUUUAAAUACCAUAAUGCAAUCCCCCAUUAAUUUCUACCCCCACUUUAUGCAAUUCCCCAUCAGUUUUACCCCCACUUUCUGUGCCAAUCUGCCUCUACUCCAUUUCUACCUCUCUUGCUACCAUUCUGUGUAGUAUUGUAACUGAUUGGUCCCACCAAAAUUUCAAGUAUGCAGAGUAUCUCCAUUGGCUCUUCCUCUUGCAGCUAUGCACCUAGACAGACCUUAUCCUGUCUCCUAGGUGGCAACAUAGAGUCUCCCAUUUUAGUAGCCCAUCUGAGUUUGCCUUAAGGAGUGCCCUGAUUCAGCCCUUUCUUAUUAAAGGAAUAGAUUGUGUUAAAUGAAUAGAUUACAAAUAUUCUGAUCCUACCAAGCUGAUCUGCAUAAAGCCUAUCCAUUCCUCUCUUGUCCUUAGACUACUGUUCCAGACCCUUUCUCCAUGACUUUCACCUCUGUUCAAAACCAACUUAAUUUUUAUUAAGCUAACAUAAUAUGAAGCCAUAAUAGCUUCAAUUUUUAUAUCAGCCUGACUUUGGUUACUUUAUGGAACUGUGUUUCCUUCUAGUUUUUGCUCUUUAUUUGGAUUGGAUUAAUUUAUGCCGAAAUUCAGAUAAAUAUUUCAAACUGAACUUCAUUGGUUAGAUGCACCUUGGUGGUAGCAACAUAAACUUAAUGCUCAUCUGUUCCUCUACUUUUGCAGGCUCUGAAACUAGAUUCCUUCAAUAAAUACUUAGUGGAAGGAUUUGAUGACCUAUGGACAUCAUCAAAACUAUUAUUGCUCCUGUCCUUAAGGAUCUGACAGUCUAGUAGACAAUUAAAUAAGAGAUUUCAAAGCAAUAUGAUAUGUGCUAUGAUGCAGAAAAUACAGGAGUCCUGGGGGGCUCAUAACAGGAGCACCCACACAAUCCAGGGGUGGUACAGUUCAGGCACAGCUCCCAGACAAAGUAAGGCCUGGGCUAGGAUAUGGAGGAUGCUUAGAACAUAGACAGCAAAAGGCAUGUGAGGCAAAAGGGCGCUGUAGUUAGUGCUAGGUCCCAUGUUCUCCAGUAGUUUUUCUCCAGUAACAGCUUUGAAUGCUUGUUAAUGUAUAAAAAUUCAAUUAGUAUAAGUAAAUGAGAAUGUUGUUAUAAAUAUUCAAGGCUCCAAAGAAGAAUUAGAAGUGUAAAUUCACAGUACAGAAAUGGUGCAAGAGGCUAUUUGGCCACUAGCAAUAGCCUAUACCAUUUUGGAGGGCAUAAAACAGGUUCUGUCCUCCCUCUCCUUGGUAGGCAGCCACUAUCUAAGUGCCUAUAACUGUCCAGUAUGGGCCUAUGCAGGGUUUGUAACUGAAGUCUCAGGCUUAUCACCACAUCAUGAGUCACAGCUAUUGACUUGGUUGAACUCAGAGUUAACUAGAUACAGAGUGUUGACUCAGGCUAACCAAACUUACACCACCCCAACACAGAUAGAAACAAUUACCCUGACCUCUGAGUUCCUGAAAAAAGGAUGUAAGUACCCCAUACAUACUUCUGUCAAAGCAUUUAUAAUCUUUUUUCAGUUUGUUUACAUGCUUGUUUCCUAUUACAUGAGCUCCUUAAGUGUGGGAGCUUUGUCUUGGUCAUCUUUGGAUCCACAGUACUUUGCACAGGGCAUGAAACACAGUAAGCAUUUAAUAAACUUUCAUCGACUGAAUCACUGAGGGGAUCCUAUUCCAAUAUAGAAAACUACCUGCCAGGGUUGCCUGGGUGGCUCAAUUGAGCUUUCAACUCUUGAAUUCAGCUCCAGUCAUG